CAAAUUUCUUUUAACAUUUCUGGAUAAUUUCCUGAUGCCUGACAAAAGAGAUUUUCACAUUUUCUCAACAUUUUUAGCUUUAUAACUGGAAAGUUAUUCGAACGAUUGCUGAUCUUCUAGUGCAAGUAGAUGUAUGCGUAUACAAGUAUGAAUUCACAGUAAUAUCUGGACCGAAACCUGAAUAUGUGAUCGGCUAUGCAGGAUUUUACCACCCGGUGUUUUUCAAGGAUAGGGCCAUUUUCCUGUGGAAAUUCCACUUGAAAUGUUCUGAUAGACCAUAUCUUAGACUAAUCCCAGAAAAAGUCUCACCACCGAAAAUGGAAUAGUGUUCAUUCCUUUGUAUACUAUAGAAUCUCAUGAUUACCUAGAUAACAAUGGGUAAUAAGCAAUCAUGUAGCUGCUUCACAGGCAGCCCGAGAACUACGAAUCGGAGUAAAAAGUAUGCGUAUGAAACCUCAUACCAGCCACAAGACAUUGCUGAAAAUUCAACGCCAAGGCAAAAAACUACAAGCUCGUCAAAUCUACAACAUAUAAGUGAAAGAGAACCUGAUGAAGGUGAUGAUGACCCAUCUAACCACCCUACAGCGAAUACAAUCUUCUUGACUAGAUCCAAGAGUGAAAUACAGAGAAAUACUAAGGAGAAGUUAAGGCGGAGAAGUCAGUAUGAUAACCAUGGUCACCAUCAUCGGCACCACCAUGAUCAUGAUUACCACCAUGAACCAGAGGGUGUAAAAAAGUACAGUUCUUGUUCCACUAUAUACAUAGACAACUCCACAGUUAGUCAACCAAACCUUAAGAACACCAUCAAAGCAGUGGCACUCGCCAUUUACUUCCACAUAAGAAAUCGUGAUGUUGAAAACCUAGAAUUAAGACUGCUGGAUAUAUUUGAUGAGAAACUACAUCCUUUAUCUAAAGAUCCUGUUCCGCGAGAUUACGAUGUACGAGACCCGGACCAUAAGACUAUCUAUAGAUUUAUACGAACACUAUUUAAUGCUGCCCAGUUGACAGCAGAGUGCGCUAUAGUCACAUUAGUUUACUUAGAGCGUCUUUUAACAUACGCAGAGAUAGAAAUAGCGCCAUCUAACUGGAAGCGUAUUGUAUUGGGUGCUAUAUUACUAGGCUCUAAAGUCUGGGAUGACCAGGCAGUUUGGAAUGUGGACUACUGCCAAAUUCUGAAGGACAUUACAGUUGAUGAUAUGAACGAGUUAGAGCGCCAGUUUUUAGAGAUGUUACAGUUCAAUAUAAAUGUCCCCUCAAGUGUGUAUGCCAAAUAUUAUUUUGACCUGAGGGCUUUAGCGGAUGAGCAUGACCUAGGAUUCCCAUUAGAAGCUCUCAGUAAAGACCGAGCCUUAAAACUAGAGGCAAUGUCUAAUAAUUACGAGGACAAGCUGAAAGAUGUGACACAUGGGGUUCUUAAACGUUCCCAGAGCCUUGAUGGACUCACAACAUUACCAAAGGGAAGCAAAGCAAUAUUGUCAUGACAAACCACAAGACAAUUAUAGACCUUGUCAUGACAGACCACAAGUCAUUUUAAACAGAUCAAAAAAUCCUGAUUUGAGAUGUCCAAGAAUUCCCAUAAGUGUUCUAAUCUACACAUAGGUCAUCCAUAUAUAGCUUACACUAGAAAUCCUUCAUAGAAGGGAUCUCAGACUUAUUUAUUAAAAUAAGGGACCUUCAGUGAAUACCAAUAUUUAACCAUUAAAAUCAGACACAUGCACAAAUAGCAAACAUGGUGGGGGUGAGUCAGUGCGUAACAAAGGGUACUAAUGAUUAUGUCUCAUGAGUUCAGGAUUUCACGGUGAGGGAUGAUACCCAAAAGUCAAAAAAGUCGUUGAAAAACAAAGUUUAUUUUAUUAGAGGAGGAUAGAGUACUUGAAGGUUUCAUUCGUGAAGAAUUUUGAUUUUCUGAAAAAUCCAUGUUAACAGCAAAUUAACAUUUUCAAUGCAGGGAGGGUGUUACACUAUAAUGAAGUUAACUUAAUUUUUCCAUAACUCAAUGUUUGGACACCAUCACUGAAAUAUAUGAAACAGAAGGGAUUCAGAACAACCAUUUAUUUUGUACAGUAAAACUUCUGCAUAUGUGAACACCUGUAUAAAGUGAACACACCUUUAAUGUGAAUACUCUCUCUCUCUGGGACUCAACGUAAUAUAUAAGUGGUAAUUU